AUUACAGCAGACGAGAUGGUUCGAGACAUACUGUGCGGUAUUAUUGGUACAUGGAUAUUGUUGGUAACGUCAAAGCCAGCUGAAUGCCGGAAUUCGUACCUGUUCGUAGCGCCGAACACUUUCCGGCCGGGUCAGACGUACAGUUUGCAUGGUAAACUACUGCGGUCAGUUCAGACCCCAGUGACCGUGGAGGUCAAGCUGACCGGAACUGAGAGUGUAGCAGUCAAUGCUGUCACCGUUAACGACCAAACCGACGUUACGGUCAACCUUACAGUUCCAAAAAGUGUGAGUCCAGGAAAAUUUCUUCUGGAGGUGAAAGGAUCGGGAGGUUUGACCUUCAGCGAAACGAAGGACGUAUUGCUCGAGCCUAAAGUGACAUCUGUCUACAUGCAGACUGACAAGGCUGUCUACAAACCUGGACAAACCGUUCACUUUCGAGUGUUUGGAGUCACGGCUGACCUUCGUGUUGUCUUUGAUAAACUCCAUGUGGAAUUGUAUGAUCCAAAGGAUAACAAGAUUAACCAAUGGCACGUAGAUGCGGCGGAAGUGACGUCACUAGGGGGCGUGUACGUCCAACACCAGGUCAUGUCGGAGUCCCCCGUGCUCGGCACGUGGAAACUGAAGGCUAAAUUGCUAUCAUAUGAGGGAGUCUACGAAGAAAAGACAUUCAAAGUUGACGAGUAUGUUCUGCCUAAAUUUGAAGUUGAAAUGGACCUGCCCAGCUUUGGACGAACGCAAGAAAAGGAAUUCAGUGGAAACAUAAAAGCGAAGUAUACAUUUGGCAAGCCAGUAAAGGGGGAGGUAGAGCUGCGAGUGAGCCCCAAACACGAACAGUUCGAGUGGAAAAACGGGCAGCGUGUUAAAACCAGCACAACUAUUGAAAUGAAAAUGCCAAUGGACGGCAAAGCGAGUUUUACGAUAGCUACAUCUCGACUGGAACAGUUAAGAGGUAGUCUAGAUGGUGCCGUACUUGUCUUUGAGGCAAACGUGAUGGAAAGUUUGACGCGUAUGAAGCAAGGCGAUACACAGGAAGUGACAUUUUACAAGGAGCCAUUGAAACUGGAGUUUCCUGCGUCACUUCCGGAGACAUUUAAACCUGGGAUGACAUAUGAAGCUGUGGUCAAAGUAUCACAACAAGACGACACGGCUCCGAGCAGCGUUCAAGGUCAACUCGAGGUAACGGUGACAGAGUUUCGUAUUCAGACACAGACUGAGCCAGAACCACUAGUUCCCUGGUUAGGCAUGGAUGCCCCACAAAGUCUCGCGGAUUUCCGUAAGAAUCGCCGCAUCUCGCGCCCGCAGCCGAAACCUGACGGGCAGCUGGUUUCAACAGCGCGCUCCCCGGUAUUGUACAGCGUUCCAGCGGACGGCAUAGUGGAGUUUCCGAUAUCCGUUGAUAAACUGGUGGAAAAGAUUACAAUCCAAGCAAAGUUGCAAACAGUAAGCGCUCAAAAAACUUUAAAAAAGAGACACUCUCCCAGCGCCAACUUUCUACAGUUGCGAUCAUUGACGAAUAAACCCAAGGCAGGCGAAUCCUUGAAGAUAACAAUUAAAGCCACUGAAUCAGUCAAUGAAGUUAUGUAUCAGAUAUACGCCCGAGGACAACUAAUUAAAAGCGGUACCAUCCCAGUGAAUGGAGAGUUUAAAACGUGGACGUUUCAAGCAACACACGACAUGUCGCCAAAAUCUCAAGUCUUGGUGAUGUACGUCAGAACGGAUGGGGAGUUGGUGGCAGACGCGCUCUCCAUUAAUGUGGAUGGAGCGUUCCUAAAUAAGGUUUCAGUAAACUUCAACAAAACCGAGGCAGCACCGUCGGACAAAAUACGUUUCGACGUCUCCGCUGACGUUGGUUCGAACGUCAACGUGCUGGGCGUCGACAAGAGCGUUCUACUGCUAGGAACCGGAAACGAUAUUACCCAGUCAAAGGUUGUACAAGAUUUACACGGCUACUCACUGAAGCGUCUGAAAUCCUCGGCACAUCGUGUUCCGGUGUGCGACUGGUUCUGCUGGCGAUGGCCACUUCCGGUUGGCGGCGAAGACGUCAAAGACGUUAUCGAUGACUCCGGGGUUGUUGUCCUUACAGACGCUACCGUGUACGAAUAUAUUCCUGAACCAGAACCAAUGCCAUUGUCAUGGGGUUGGAAAUCGCUAAGAUCAGCAAUGCCGGCGAUGCAUGUUGCUGCACUUUCAUCGAUGACUGAAAGUAGAAGAGUGAAUUUACCACUCCAAAUGGAAACGGACAUUGUUGUCGCACCAAAAGAUUUGGCGCCUGUGCAGCAGACGAGAAAACUGUUUCCUGAGACAUGGCUGUGGAAAAGCCAAGUUGUACCGUCAGGGGGCGUGGCGCACUUUGACGAGACCGUGCCCGAUACCAUCACCUCCUGGGUGGCGACAGCGUUUGCGGUGCACCCACAGACAGGGCUGGGCAUCUCGGAGCAAUCUGCGCAGCUUCAAGUAACUCUGCCGUUUUUCGUGUCUGUCAAUCUGCCAUAUUCCGUGAUCCGAGGAGAGAAAAUCGUCCUGCAAGUUAACAUUCAUAACUACAGUCCACUACAGCAGACCAGUUACGUCACCUUAGAGAGGAGUACAGAGUUCGAUAACCUCAUGGUUUCCGGAACAAGCCAGACUACCGUCUCACAGGAUCAAACCCGAGUCAUCAAGGUACAACCAGACGAGGUGGCUGCCUUGUAUUUCCCCAUUAUUCCAACUAAACUCGGUCUGGUGGACAUCUCCGUCCGAGCGCAGACCACCAUGAUGGCCGACCACGUGGUCAAGAAACUUGUUGUUGAGGCUGAGGGAUCACCGCGUGAAUACAAUGUCCCAUUCAUAAUAGACCUGAAAACCUCUGGGACCCAGUCCAAGAAAAUCAACGUAGAGUAUCCACUCCGAACUGUUCCCGGGUCGGAAAGGGUCAAGGUCACUGCAGUUGGAGACCUAAUGGGCCCCAGCAUCAACGGAUUGGACAACCUUAUCAGACUACCCACUGGGUGUGGGGAACAAAACAUGCUGAACUUCGCACCCAAUAUAUUCAUUGUCAAAUAUCUCCAAGCAACAAAUAAUCUUGACUCGACUGUUAUGAACAAAGCUAAGGAAUUUAUGGAGAAGGGCUAUCAACGCGAGCUCACCUACCGCCAUGCGGACGGCUCCUUCAGCGCGUUCGGGGAAAGCGACAAAUCCGGAAGCACGUGGCUUACAGCGUUCGUCGUCAAGUCAUUUGUUCAGGCGAAACCUUACAUCUUCAUUGACGACGCCGUCAUCUCCAAGUCUGUCACGUGGCUGGUAUCACAACAGCGCCCGGAUGGAUCGUUUGCAGAGCCCGGCCGCGUCAUCCAUACGGAAAUGCAGGGAGGUUCCGCCAGUGGUGACGUCACGUUGACUGCGUAUGUAAUGGCUGCUAUGUUUGAGGCGCGAUCCGUACAACAGGUUGCUGAUGUCAUUUCCGCUGCCAAGGACAAGGCAUUAGCGUAUCUGGAAGGGAAGGCUGACGCACUAACGGAUACGUACGAACAAGCUCAGAUGCUGUACGCCUUACAGCUGGCUGCACGUCCAAACGCGGAUCAGCUUCUUGCUAAACUAGAAUCCAAAGCAAUCGUCGAUGCGGGUACGAAACACUGGGAACGAGCGAUUACCACCACGACUGGAAGUACAAAGCCCUGGGAGAGCCGGAAGGGCGCUGCGGUUGAUGUAGAGCUCACAUCGUACGUGCUACUGUCGCUUGCCAUCAAGGCUGACCGACAAAACGGACUUCAAGUGCUCAAGUGGAUCACCGCACAACGGAACGCUGAAGGAGGUUUCUCAUCCACGCAGGACACGGUCGUCGCUUUACAAGCCUUGGCUGAAAUGGCCGCUCUGGUCUUCUCGGAUUCGUUCAACUUGAAUGUCAACAUCGUGGGUACAGGUGUAAGCGAGACCUUUUUGAUAAACAGCUUGAACGCUCGAGUCCUACAAACGCGUGAGUUACCAAAGGACGUUGGAGAAGUUACCAUUACUGCAAGUGGACAAGGAAUGGCCCUCGUUCAGAUUGAGAUUUCAUACAAUAUCGACGAGGACGAUCAAAAGCAAAGUUUUGAACUCCGAGUGUCACUUCAGCGUGAAACACUUAACGAUUUUGAUGUUCGCGCAUGCGCCAAGUGGCUUGAUACAGGCUCAAGUUCAAUGGCCGUCAUGGAGUUGGGAACUCCUUCCGGUUUCUUCCCGGAUGUGGUCAGUGUGCUAUCUGUACCGUUGCAAAGGCGACUAGAAUUAGAGUCAAAAAAGGUCGUUUUGUACUUCGAUGAGAUUUCCUCGGGAGACACGUGCACGACCUUGACUUUCCACAGGUCAGGGAUGGUUGCCGGGAUUCAACCGGUUCCCGUUAGAAUAUUCGAUUAUUAUAAUCCAGCGAAACAAGUGACGGAGUUCUAUGUUCCUGCAGCCAUACGGGGAUCAGAGAUUUGUGAUGUUUGCGGUCCCGAAUGUGACUUCUGCAAGACGUAAACGAAAGUUACAAUACCACAAUCGUCUUUUACGAACAAAACACUAUUAAAUAGAAAAAUAUAUCGAUAAGAUUGUGUUUCAUUAAUGAGUGUAUUGAGUGUAUUUAUACAUACGUGAAUUUUGCACAGAAGAAAAGAUAUAGUUGUAAGAAAAUUACAGCUUAUACGUUGA